AUGUCGUGUGAGAUCAUCAUCGUGGACCGAAGCCCCUUGGACAUCUCUGUUGGGGGAAAUCGACCGAACGAUCCGGGGCGAGCCGGGCCCACGGUGGUCCGCUACACCACCCAAACCAGGAACUACGCCAGCCAGGGCCCAUACCAGGGGCCUGGCUCGCCGACGGAACCAGAAGCCAAAGAGCAACGGAACUAG